AAGCCCGCUGCGUCUAUCGCGCGCUCCCCUUUAAGACGCGCCGUUAGCGAGUUGUUUAUUCUUCCCUCCGCGCAAGACCUAAAGCGGGGGAGGCGCCGGGCCCUGUGAUGUAAGCAUCAGAGAACGCCUUUAUUCCGUUGCCGACUGCACAAUGCUGUAGUUCCUUUUCUGUCGGCUGAAAUCCUAACGGGGAGGAGGGAGCGAGGCAGGGAGUCUGCGCUCCAUUCACACCGACGGAAAUGAGAGGGGGCUGUCCGACCCACCGCGAACCAUCCCUUUAACAACAACUGGGACAUAGCGGAGAGAGAAAAGGAGAGGAGGGGGAGAAGAAAGAGGAAUUAAAAAAGAAAAGGAAGAAAGAGACAGGGAGGGAGGGAGGGAGAGCGCGCGAUAAAAAAAGAAAGAUGACAUCCCCUGAAUUGAAGCGCCGAGGUGGAGCGGCAGGCUGCGGCCGGGCUCGCGCGCUCUCCGCCGGGGUCAGGGCUUGAAUCCAACAACGAGGCUUCGACAAACAGCCCAUUGGCCUGUUGGGGGAAUCGAGAAAAAACAGAUUUAUGAAUCGAAACAUUAACUGUUACUCGUUGUAAUGCGUGUGUUAGGAAACGUUACUUUUAAAAAAUGCCUGAAAUACAUUCAACCAUUAUGAUCAGUGUUAGCAUCAUGUAUGGUUAAGAUUUUAAAAACAACAUUAUUGAUUACGUGUGCUGAUAUGUUAAAUUUUUAAAGUCAUGCAUAUUAAAAGUAAUGCGUUAUUUUGACAGGCGAAAUCCUGUAAUGCGAUGCGUGAAAGUUGGAGGCCAAAGUACAAGAGGAAUAGUCCACUGGAUUCAGAUUUAUAGUCAUAUGUUAAAAUCGCUUAUGCGUUUUAAUUCUUAGGUAAUAAUUAGUUGAUAUAAUAUAGCUACUAUAUUGAUUAACUCCAUGGUUGAUUCCGCGAAAGGGCUUUAUUUCGGUAGUUUACCAAUAUUCAGCUCCGUGGCAUAACGGCAGUCGCUCGAGCAGCCUAAUGCUCUGUGCGCCGUCACAGCGCAAUUAUUAGGAAUACUUAGCUGAGCGGAUUCCUCUGCGCCGAGCAAAAUGGAUGCUGCGUGGAGCAGUUUUCUCUUCCAGACCACACCCACCCAAACCCAAGUGGAGGGCUCUCUCCAAUCGGAGCUGAUGCCUGUCCACACGACCUCUUCUCAAACCCCGCCUCCGGACCACAUGGCCCCGCCCCCAUCCACAGUGGACACGGCUGCGCUGAACGAGGAGCCGGUUCCAGUGAAGCCGGUGGUCUCUCGGCCGGGUCGCGUGGCCCAUAUCUGUGCCAUCUGCAGCAAGCAGUUCAAGAACAGCUACAACCUCCGCCGGCACCAGUCGGUGCACACGGGCGUGCGCAUGAAGGACCGCGCCACCCGCGAGCGCGAGGCUGCCGCCGCAGCCCUCAAGGAGGAGGGUUGUGCUGGGGCGGGCGUCGGCGGGGGCAUGGGGGUGGUGGGCAUCGGGACAACGGAGGUGCGCACCACUGUGCCCCUCUCUCUCCUCCACCUGUCCAUCCCCCAGCCCCUGAACCCCCAGCAGCAGCAUCAACAGCAACAGCAGCAGCAACAACAACAACAACAACAACAUCAACAUCAACAACAGCAACAACAGCAGCAGCAUCAACAGCAACAGGCUACAGUCCUGUCACUCCCCCACCCCAACUCCACACUCGUUGCCCAGCAACAGGAUGGCAACGCCGUGGCCAUGGUGAGCGUUGCCACGACCGUUAACCCCCUCCCUGCGCCCACUGCGGUAGUCAUGGCGACGGGGGAGACGGUGCAGCGGCCUGUGAGUUCUAACCCGGUGCGUAAGAACCACGCGUGUGAGACUUGCGGGAAAGCGUUCCGUGACGUCUACCACCUGAACCGGCACCGUCUGUCGCACUCGGACGAGAAGCCCUUCAGCUGCCCCAUCUGCCAACAGCGCUUCAAGCGCAAGGACCGCAUGAGCCACCAUGUGCGCUCGCACCAGGGCGGCGUCGAGAAGCCCUACGUGUGCCCCAACUGCUCCAAAGCCUUCUCCAGGCCGGACCAUCUCAAUAGUCAUAUCAGACAAGUCCACUCUUCAGAGCGUCCCUUCAAGUGUCCGACAUGCGAGUCGAGCUUCGCCACUCGGGACCGUCUGCGCGCUCACAUGAUCAGGCAUGAAGAGAAGGUGCCCUGUCACAUCUGUGGGAAGCUGCUGUCCGCCGCCUACAUCACUGAUCACAUGAGGGUGCACAACCAAUCACAGCACCACUCCUGCCACCUCUGCAACCGCAGUUUCACCACGCUGACGUACCUGCGUGUGCACGCGCAGAAGCACCAUGGCGCCGAGUGGAAGGAGAGCGGGGGCAACUUCGGCGUGGCCGGCGCCGGGGGCGUCCUGGUGUGCCAGCUCUGCGGCGUCCACUGCAAGACGCCCACCCAGCUGCAAGGGCACAUGGGUACCCACAACCCCCCGCCCAGCACGCCGAGCCCGGUCACCUCCAGCACGGCCGGCGUAGCGGUCAGCGCCGUCACCCUUAGCAAUAUGGUGACGGCGCCCGCCGUGUUUGUGAGCGGCAACACAGUGGUGGAUCUACUGGUGACCGACUGCUCCAGCAUAGCUCAGCAACCGCACAGUUAGCAGCACACACACACACACACACACACACACACACACACACACACACACACACACACACACACACACGACUGCUCCAGCAUAGCUCAGCAACCGCACAGUUAGCAGCACACACACACACACACACACACACACACACAGGCCCACACACACGCACACACACACAUGCACACACACAUGCAACACACACGCACAGACCCACACACACACACACACACACACACACACACAGGCACACACACACAUAGGAACACACACACACACACACAUACAGCUGGUGAGUGACUGAACAUCAUCCAGCAAGAAAACACACACACACACGCACCCCGCUCACUCAUUCACACACCGCGUUGGUAGAACAGGCAUAUACUGUACGUAUAACACUAACACAUACACACAUAGAACACACACAGCCACACACACACACACCAUAUUGGUAGAACAGGCAUAUACGUAUAACACUAACACAUACACACAUAGAACACACACAGCCACACAUCACACACACACACACACACACACCAUGUUGGUAGAACAGGCAUAUACGUAUAACACUAACACAUACACACGUAGAACACACACUGUCACACAUCACACACAGAAGUGCACACACUUACACACACACCCAGACUUAUGCAUGCUUCACACAUGCUUCCACAGUACCGACAAAAUGCUGCAGGUUAACAGAAGGAAAAAAAAAACACACUACUGUCUCAUGUUCACACUGCACACACACACACACACAAACGUCAGAGAAUAAUCUAGAAAUUACACACGCACAUACACACACAUACACAGACACACACUGUGUACAGUGAAGUAGAUAGCAGCAGCACAGCUGAUAGACGUACUGUACACAGACACAGGUAGUCACUUACACAGCAUAGUGAUCAGAUAACUACUGUAGCAGAAACGGCCUCCGACAGAGCUCAUCAAGACACAAUAGCAUCAGAACAGACAGGAGCCUGGCUAGAACCCACCAGAACUUGAACACAGCAUGACGAGAACCCAUCACCGCAUGAGAACAGAUCCCAUGAGAACACCAAUGCAACCCAGCAGAACACAAACGGAACACUGAAUAAUGGCUGUGCUGCCGCCGCGGUAACCAGAACACAAACGGAACACUGAACAAUGGCUGUGCCGCCACCGCGGUAACCAGAACACAAACGGAACACUGAACAAUGGCUGUGCUGCUGCCGUGGUAACCACAGCCAAGCCCUCUGACCCUCCUCACGGACAACAUUGUGCAUGCGCCCCCUGACCCCUCUGAUCCAACUCCCAUGGCAACUGACCAGAGUUGAGGGAAUGGAAGGAAGAGAGGACUGGAGGUGCGGUCAGACUGUUUCUGCACAAGAGGAGGUGCGGUCAGCUCUCUGGCCUUCUCUGGCCAUCUCUCCCCAUCGGACUCGAAACAAAACUGUGAUCUUGUGUAUUUCUACUGUAGUGUUCCUGCUUGUUUCUCUCUCUCCCUCCCUCCCUCCUUUCUCCCCCUCCCUCCUUCCUUUCUUUACUUUACAUUCUCUCUUUGCUCAUGCUUGUUCCUUUUGAAUGGACUGUUAGAGUCUUGCCAAACAAGAACAGAACCCAUAUGGAGAUCAGGGGUGGUGUGUGUGUGUGUGUGUGUGUGUGUGUGUGUGUGUGUGUGUGUGUGUGUGUGUGUUCGUGUGUGUGUUCGUGUGUGUGUGUGCAUGUGUGUGCAUGGGCAUGUGUUUGCUCUUCCUAACAGACCUGCACUGUCUUAGAUGAAAGAGAGAGACAGAGAGGAAGAUGAUGGAGUUGUAGAAUACACCAUAGCAACAGAUCCCUGGUUUAAUUGGUACGUUUGCCACGUGUAGCCCUAAAGCUUUGUGUGUGUGUGUGUGUGUGUCAUGGACUGGUUGUGCUCGGGCGUGUAUACAUGGAGGGGCAUACAGAAGUGUAUGUCUGGUGACGUGUGCUUUUUGAUCUAACUACUUUACUGGUUGAGAGGGGCAGGGCAGUGGCUAGCUGCUGCCCGUGGCGGGAGUAGGAGACGAGUCCGGCUGAAGCUGGGAACAGACCUCACGAUCGCACAUGAUAAGAACAAGAUCAAGCAGACCAGACCAAUCGAGCAGACCAGACCAAUCGAGCAGACCAAACCAAUAGACAGAGCCUGGUACGAUUGGGAGCUCAUCAUGAGCACAAACUAAAGGAUUGAGCUGCAGGCUGUUUAAUGUCAUAAGUGCAACAAUGGCGAGAAUAGAACAGACCGGUCAAGAUAACAUCAGACGUGUUCGAUUGGAUCUCGAUAGCGUCAACAAUGGAAAGAAUCGCAAAGCAUUCAGAUCUGUCACCCAAACACACAUAAAAACUCCUGCCACGAC